CAGAAUAGAAGCUUUAGCGCCUAGUGGAAUCUCCAAGCAGUGGAGGAGCGGCCAGUGUUGGCACGUAGCAGGCGGUGGGCUGAGGGGGCAACAGCGGCAGCUUGAAUGCGGGGUUCCCCUUUCGCCUCCGUGGGACCCCCAUGCACCUCAGACGCGGUCGAAGUGAAGAGGUCCAUUUGAGAAGGCAGGGAAGAGAGUCGCGCAAAAGAUGGAUGUGAACUACUUAACACUAAAAGACUUGAUUAGUCCAAUACACACGAAGAUGAAUUUUGCAGAUGAAGAUGGGGAAAAUGCACAAAAGGAAAACAUAUUUGAUCGACCUAGAAUGACUCCAAAGACUCCUAUGAAAAAUGAACCCAUUGAUUUGUCAAAGCAAAAAAGCUGUACCCCAGAGAGAAAUCCAAUUACACCUGUUAAGCUGAGUGAUAGGCCCCUGACAGAUCCAUGGACGCCCACAGCUAACCUGAAGAUGCUUAUUAGUGCUGCUAGCCCUGACAUGCGGGAUAGGGAAAAGAAGAAAGAGCUUUUUAGACCUAUUGAGAACAGUGAAUUUGGUGAUGCUUUUCUUGAUUCUUCGCAGUGUGAUGCUGUGGACGAUGGAACAGCAGAUGACUAUGACAAGCACAGGCCCAGCAGAAAGCAGAAAAGCUUAGGGCUGUUGUGCCAGAAGUUUUUAGCUCGUUACCCCAGUUACCCUCUAUCAGCAGAAAAAACAACAAUUUCUUUGGAUGAAGUAGCUUCUAGUCUUGGAGUUGAACGCAGGCGAAUUUAUGACAUAGUGAACGUCCUGGAGUCCCUUCAUCUUGUUAGCCGAGUGGCUAAGAAUCAGUACUGUUGGCAUGGGCGGCACAACCUGAGUCAGACUCUGAAAAAUCUCCAAGAAAUAGGAGAGCUGCAAAAAUAUGAAGAGUUGAUGGCUUAUUUCCAGCAUAAAGAAGUAGACCUCGAGUGUAGAUCUGGAGAACACAAAAGGGAGACCUUUAUAGAUUUCCAAGACAGACAGUUACUUGACUUCUCAGAGACAGAUUGUCCGUCUGCAUCUGCAAACAGCAGAAAGGACAAGUCGCUGAGGAUUAUGAGCAAAAAAUUUGUCAUGCUGUUCCUUGUCUCCAAGACCAAGAUAGUCACUCUUGACAUCGCAGCAAAAAUAUUGAUCGAAGAAAGCCAGGAUACUGCAGAUCACAGCAAGUUUAAAACAAAGGUACGAAGACUGUAUGAUAUUGCCAAUGUCCUGACAAGUCUGGAGCUGAUAAAGAAAGUUCAUGUAACAGAAGAAAGAGGUCGUAAGCCAGCGUUCAAAUGGAUUGGGCCUGUAGAAUUCAGUGAUGAUUGUGGUGAUGUAAAGGUGGACAGUUCAACGUGUGCCUCUUUGAAAGAAGUGAAAGGGGGGAUCCGUGUUCAGCACCAAGCUUGUAUUAAUGGGAAAGAGCGUCUCUCACGGCACGCUUCUUUUAACAACACUCAGCCUUCCAAAGUGGUCAAGAGAAAGGUCAGCUCUGAACCCAGCAGUCCACACAGAGGGAGGCAGGAAGAUUGCUGCUCCAAAAUGAUCAAUCUAGCAUCCAUUUGCUGCCAGAAGAUGGACAAUGAUGAAAGUAAAGCUAUUGCUACUGAAAGGACAAAAAACCUAGGCAUAAUUUCUCCCUUCUCAGUUCUUCCUGUUCCUGGAGACUCAGACUAUCUAUCAGCUGCCUUCCCCCAUCUAUCAACAAGUACCUGCUCAGAUAAGCCAAAUCUCUCUCCACCAAAUGGAAUGAAUGAUCAAGUUCUGCCAUUGUCUGGUCUGUCAGCUUCCAGAACUGAGACUGGAAAGUCCAGUGUGCUCUCCAAUCAGUCUCUUGUUUACUUGCCAUCUCCAUCUCUAUAUAUGUUGUGUGGAAGUCUUCAUGAAAGUCUUUCAUCUAUGGAGGAUAAGGGAAUUAUAGGCUUCCAAGGACUGACUUCAGAAACUGCUGAAUCUCCACUUGACUGUCGUAAGCGGAGUUUCCCAAAGUGUGCUUCCCCCACUGCUGCUUCAGCUGAGGAGGAACCUACUGUUAAAAGGCAAAGCAUGGAGGAAAAUGACCAGCCCAUUUCAUUGGUGCUAUCGAAGAAGACUAUUAAGCCAAUGGAUCCAGAAGCUUCCCCAGAUCAUAACUGCAAUUCCAUUGAUCAAUUAAGAGCUUUCCAGAUUGAAUCAGGAAUUCCUAUCAUUGCGGAAAUUUCCGAAAAGGAGACAGCAAAACGCUUAGAAACUCAAGAGCAAGAAAAGCCAUAUAGGUGUAAAGUUCUGAAAGAAAACAUGAGCGAAAAUGAGCAGGUGUCUCAAGAAAAUAGCAAACAGUCCUUCUUACCACAGUAUCUUUAUGUACAGCCUACAUCAGGACUGAACAAUUUUAAUUUCUUGUUUCCUGCCAACCAGUCUCCUGAUCCAGUGAGCCUCCCUCCAAGCCGUUUGCCUUCACUUAGCGUUCCCUGCGUGGUGGUCCCAUCUCCUGCACUGCCAUCUUUUCCUCUUAUUUGUUCUCCAGCAGUCACAAAUCCGCUUUCUCCUGCCCCUGCUGGCUCUUUCCCAAAUGUCUCCUGUAUGAAUUUCAGCAUGCCUGGCCUGACAUCUACAACACCUGUGUUCAUUGGGACUCCGGCAGUUAUUGCUCCAAACUCUUCACAGCUAUCGACCUUCGACCCACAUCAGCAGAUUCAUCCAGCUGUGCGCCUGAGCACUAUGCUAGGAUCUGCUUGCAGCUCUGUUAAAGCAGACUCACCAACUUGCCUGGGCCACCCACUUACCCUUCUCAAAUUGCAGCAGCCUUCUUCAGCCCCCCUGACUCCUAAGAGUAUUCGUCCUACACAUCAAGAAACAUUUUUCAAGACACCUGGCAGCCUUGAAGAUCCUGUUGUAUGGCGAAAAAAUGAAGGCAACCAGAGCAGAACUGCCAGUUCUGUUCAAAGAAGACUAGAAAUCUCCAGUAGCAGCUCUGGCUAAUCCUGCUCAUUGCAAGAGUUGUGAGCAGCUUAGAAUAUAGCUUUGUAUGCUACAGACAUGGUCAGUUAUUGCAUUAAAGUGUAGGGCGAAUAUGUAAAUCCGUAAUUCCCCAGGAACAAUUGCCCAAUAUGCUCUCACACAGUUUUGAUAAUUUCUUAUAAAUUACUCCCACUAAACUUAUAUGAAUGCCAAUUAGAAGUCAAAUUAUGUGCUGAUCGAAGGGAGUCUCAAACUGUAUAUUUGGGGUUUGGAAAAGAAAACUUAUUUGAGAUAAGAGAUCUGAACAGGUCUGUUUGUAAAGCCCAAAAAAGGAAAGCUGGCCAGCACUUAGGGAUAGGGGAGCACUCCAUACAAAUACUCUAUUUGUCUGGCAUGAAGUAAGGGGGGGGACUCUAAAUAAAGUGGUGUAGUAGCUGCUGCUUUGCUAGGGAGGCACAGUUCAGCAAAAAGCGUUGGAAAUUGCAGAACAACAGACUUUUGCAGAGUACUUGAAUGUGAUCAAUUGAUGUUCUAUUUUUUCUGCACUUGUUAAGCAAGUGUCUAAUAAUUUACAGAAUGAAUGAAUGUAUUCAUGUGACAUACUUUAAGACCAAAAUAACUGUGAAGUUUAAAUUUUUCAAUAGAAUUUGUGUUAAUGAACUUUGUUGCUUCUUCAGUGUGUUCUUGUUUUGGGGAGAAAUAUGCAAGUCAUUUCUUAUUUGUUGCCAGUGUGACCAAUGUGCCCAGAUCUAUAUGAGUUACAUUAAUUGUGGUAUUUAGAUUUCAUUGAAAUAACACCUUGAGCAAAGUGUUGAGUGCCAGCUGAGGUCAAAAGAUGUGGAGAAUUUGCAGCAAAAUUGUCAAACUCCUGGCAUGAUCCAUGAAAGGAGUGAAAUUGGAAGGAAAGCCAUUCCUUGUUCCCUUUAAAAAGGCAGGAGGGAGUAGAAAGCACAAGUAUAUGUGCACCACCCAAACUCUUGGUUAUUGGCACUUCAAAGUAACAGUCUAUCAGUUUGCUUCACCAGUUUAAUAGACAAAGAGCAUAAUCCUAAACAGCUACAAC